CUCCUCCUUCAGCGCUUCCCCAGGCUCCGCUCCGGCCGUGACAGCUGCGAUCAGGCUGUGGCCGUCCCAGCCCGAGCCAUGCACACUGCGCGCCCGGGUGCGCGCCCGGCGCCGGCGCUGGCGCUGCUGCUACUUUGGGCCGGGACCGGGGUGCCUGCCGCCGCCGCGCCCCCAGCCCCGCCGCUCUUCAACGUGAGCCUGGACGCGGCGCCCGAGCUGCGCUGGCUGCCGGUGCUGCAGCACUUCGACCUGGACUUCGUGCGCAGCGCGAUGGCGCACAUCCUCGGGGAUAAGGUCCCCAAGUGGGUCCACGCAGUGAUGCGAGUGGCGGUGGGGGAGCUGGAAGGCUCCCUGCCCCAGCCCUACGCCGAUGAGAUCCGCGGCAUGUGCGACGCCCUGGGCUUCAGCCUGGCGGACUGCAUCCUCAUCAACUUGGCCUACGAGUCCACCGCAUUCUGCACCAGUAUUGUGGCUCAAGACUCCAAAGGCCACAUUUACCAUGGCCGGAAUCUGGAUUAUCCAUUUGGGGAUUUCUUACGCAAAAUGACUAUGGAUGUACAAUUCUUAAAGAACGGGCAGGUUGCAUUCACUGGAACCACUUUUAUUGGCUAUGUAGGAUUAUGGACUGGUCAAAGUCCUUACAAGUUUACAAUCUCUGGCGACGAACGAGAUAAAGGCUGGUGGUGGGAGAAUGCGAUCGCUGCCUUUUUUCAGAGACACUCUCCGAUCAGCUGGCUUAUCCGCACUACCCUGAGCGAAUCGGAAAACUUCGAAGCAGCUGUUGACAAACUGGCCAAGACUCCGCUUAUUGCCGAUGUGUACUACAUUGUUGGUGGCAUGUCCCCCCGGGAAGGCGUGGUCAUCACGAGGGACAGAAGAGGCCCGGCAGACAUUUGGCCUCUCGAUCCUUUAAAUGGAGCGUGGUUCCGAGUGGAGACAAAUUAUGACCACUGGAAGCCAGCGCCUGCGAGGGAUGACCGAAGAACACCCGCCAUCAAAGCCCUUAAUGCCACGGGCCAGGCCAACCUCAGCCUGGAGGCCCUCUUCCAGGUUUUGUCGGUGUUUCCGGUGUAUAACAACUUCACGGUUUAUACUACAGUAAUGAGCGCUGCCAACCCAGACAAGUACAUGACGAGGGUCAGAAACCUGGGUUAAAAGGAAGUAAGCAGAAGAGUGAACUCACCUGCUAUGAAAGGUGAUUUUUUAAAAAAUGAAUUCUUGAAGAGCUGCACGUUAAAAAA